AAUCAAAGUAGCUUUGUCAUUUAGUCAUUACCAAGUAAUACAAAGCAUCGGCUACCACACUUAUUAGAAAAAGCUCAGACUUCAGAAUUCAGUCGAAUAAACUGUUAUCAUGCCUUUGUUCAAUGGUGCUAUAUUUUGCACCAUGGUGUAUAUUUGUCUUGCGCAGGACACAUCUCUUGACAACCUUAUAGCGGAUAUUUUUAAAAUAGGCGACUCAUCAACAUUUACAACACAAAUUACUGGAAGCGAUGCUGUAACGGUUGAGCCAAAAGAUUCAUCAAGCUCCGCAGGCCAGUAUCAGUCCUGUGGGGACCAGAAAGAAUGCGUGCCUCGAUGGUUAUGUACAAACAACACAAUAAAUACCAGUGGUGAAAAUAUAAUUGACAUCCGAAUCGACACUGCCUCACCAUGUAAAAACUAUUUGGAUCUAUGUUGUGAUCUUUCAAACAAGAAAGAUGAAAUUGAUACCACAAUAACACGUCCCGAUACAUCAAAAGGCUGUGGAUAUCAAAAUCCAAAUGGUUUUGGCUUUAAAAUAACAGGAGCUGUAAAUCAAGAAGCAGAGUUCGCGGAAUUUCCAUGGAUGGUUGCAAUUUUGCGAGAAGAAGCUCAACUGAACGUGUAUGAGUGUGGAGGUGCUUUAAUAGCUCCAAAUGUUGUUUUAACAGCUGCUCACUGCGUUCAUAACAAAGAGGCAAGCUCAAUUGUUGUGAGAGCAGGCGAAUGGGACACUCAAACCAAAAAAGAAAUAAUACCACAUGAGGACCGUUAUGUGAAAGAAAUAGUGUAUCAUGAACAAUUUAAUAAGGGAUCACUUUAUAAUGAUGUUGCAUUGCUAUCGCUUGAAAGUUCGUUUACCUCUCAAGAGAACAUUCAGCCAGUGUGCUUGCCAAGCAUAGGGGAUGUAUUUGAUUAUGAGCGUUGCUUUGCCACAGGUUGGGGCAAAAACAAAUUUGGCAAAGAUGGCGAAUAUCAAGUCAUUCUAAAAAAGGUUGAUUUGCCUGUUAUGCCGAAGCAACAGUGCCAGUCCAACUUGCGCGAAACUCGCCUGGGAAAGCAUUUCAUAUUGCAUGAAAGUUUUAUAUGUGCAGGCGGCGAAAAGGAUAAAGACACUUGCAAGGGUGAUGGUGGCUCCCCAUUAGUAUGCCCCAUUAAAGGCGAGAAAAAUCGGUUUAAGUCAGCUGGAAUAGUAGCUUGGGGAAUUGGUUGUGGAGAAGAAAAUAUCCCCGGAGUUUACACAAACGUUGCUAGCCUAAGAGCAUGGAUAGACGAAAAAUUAAAAGUUUGGCAAAUAAAUCCUAACUAUUUUACACCUUAAGAAAAAUAAUAAGAAAAUCCUGAAAGGAUAAGAAUACUUGUAAACACAUAUUAAUUCAAAACGAAUAAAAUUAUAAUUUUGAUUUCUUAAAAAUAAAUUCUGCAAGAAAAGUUUCACGGCAAAACUAAAAUAGUUGUAUAAUGCGUUUACUUGGCUUAACAUUUCGGUGGUUGUUUUUGUUUUCCCAUAUUAACAUAAAGGCUUUUUGCUAUGUGAUAAUUUCCAACUAAAAUCUUGUUCAAUAAUUUGUAAAUGUUUAUGUCGAGCUUCUUCAGUAGCGUGGAUUGGAGUCGUAAAUAAUUACACAAGUUUUUGAACGUUUAUAAUGUA